AUGGAGGACUGUUUCGUUGCCAAAGAACCGCUUGCAGCAAUCCCCAGCGAUGAAAAACACAUAACAAUUGGUGGCUUCCAAUUUUUGAAUACAAUGGACAAAGUUGAGGAAAUGAUUUUCUCUCAAGAAUUCCAAAGAUCCGACACUACUUACGAUGCAGAUGUUAUUCUCUUACAAGAUAUAAAAAACCUUGUCCUGUUUUUGGCCCCAACCGACAUUAUCACCAAAGAGUUUGUGCACUUUGUGAACACAGAAACUGUCCACUCAUUGUUAAAGGUCCUUAUAAUGUAUUUUGAAUACUUUUUAAAAUUGAUGGAAUUCAUCGUGAUACGGAGGGAAGAAACCAAAGCAGAAAAGGCUCGAAUGCAAACCCAACAAAGCACAGAAAUCAAACGAAUUUUUUCAGCUAACUUGUCACAAUAUCGCCUGCUAUUGGCCAGAGAAUACAGCAAAAUUUUGUUGGGCAAUGGUGAUAUGAAAAAAUUUUACCACCUAAAACCAUUAGUGAACAUUUCACAGACCCUCAAGGACCAACGCUUCCAUGAAGGCUUUCUGGCCUUUUGCACCCUAGUCGUUUGGGUUGCCCAACAAAGACGUGACUUGGAGGACAUUGAAAUGGAAAUUAAUCGUCUAUUUAGAUCCGAACAUUUUUCUUUGGUAAGACCUGACAAAUACCACCUCACAGAUGUUGAGGCCAGUCUACUAUAUGGCAAAAGCUACAGGCGUUGCAAUUACCGCGCCCAAAAUUCACCCCUAAUACAAGAGCUGCGUAACAUAGAGCAGAAAAAUUUACCCAUUCUGUGGAUAGGCGAACGCAAGUAUCGUGGCAACGAUUUGAGAAUUUUACAAAUUGAAUACGAAUUUAUAGUGCCUUCAUCUCAAUUGUGCUUAAUAGAAGGCGUUACCCACGGUAUUUUGGGUCGGCCCAAAAUUCUAUGCGACACCCUGUUAAAUACGAAUUGGGAAGCUGUACAUGACCAAUACUACACCAAAUAUGAUCCAUAUCGCAUUCUAAUGCAGCCGUACUUACAGCUUCCAAAGCUUGAGGAAAUGGAAUGUCAAACUUAUGAGUCUUACUAUCAAUUGGUCAGAUGCACUGAAUUGUGGGAUAGCAAAAUGUUGAGAAAAUGGAUACAACGUGAUGAAGUGAUAGACUACUUUAAAAACGAGGGAAUGCUCACAGAUAUCUGGAUGAAAUGUCGCAAAGAGGUUGAGGAUAACACAUAUGGGCCGAGUGUAGGCGAGAUUAUGACAAAAUUCUUGGCUCGAAAAGAGAAAUUAAGAAAGAAAUAAAUAAGAGUGUUCAUUUAUGACAAUAGCAUAAAUACAUCGAACAAAAUAUACUGCAGUAAUGCGAUAAAAAUGCAA